AUGAGUGAACCCCACGUCCCCACUGCUGCUGCGCAGCAGCCCUCUGCAGAAGCAACCGCUAAUGCUGCUCUCACAGCAGACUCGACUGUUCACACGAGCCCGCAGGCGCCGCCGCCCCCGGCCGCAUCUGGUGCCUCCACCGUCUCCGCUAAUGUAGCGGAGGUGAAGUCGGUCACUGCCACGCUGUCAGACGUAGCCGACUCAACGGAGCCGUUGCUCGUGGGCAAGGUUGUGUCCUCAGAGAUCGCCCAAGCGCGCUCGCAGCCCUGCACCUCUGACCUCAACACCGCUCAGAGCGGCGCAGGUGCACCAGUAGAUGCUAACGUGGGCGAGCAGGACAGGUGUUCUCCGCCGGCGAAAUCUACCUCGUCUUCCUCUUCUUCGCACAGUGGCGAAGAGUCCAGCGAUGAGGCUGCCGACUUCGAAACGAAGGAGCUCAUGUUCGCCUUUGGACGCUACGUCGGCCAGGUGAAUCCGCAGACGGGGCUCCGCCACGGCCACGGGUGCCAGUACUACAACAACGGGAACGUCUACACGGGCGAGUGGCGUGAUGGCGCCCCCGACGGCUUUGGCGAGAAGCGCUACAGGAACGGGGAUGUGUACCGCGGCAACUGGCGCCAAGGGAAGCGCUCCGGCCGUGGUGUGUAUCUCUUUGUACAGGGGGACACCUACGAAGGCAUGUACGCGGACGACAAGCCGGAGGGCCAGGGCACCUACGCCACCCUCAAGGGCGAUCGCUACACGGGGCAGUGGAAAGCUGGGCAGAGGCACGGCACAGGUCGCGAGACUCUCGCGAACGGGCAGGUGUUCGUCGGUAACUGGCGUUACGGCAAGAAGCAGGGCCGUGGCAAGCUCUACCUCCCCGGCUCUGAAAAGUGCAUUUACGGAAUUUGGAACAACGACAGGUUCUUCCGCGAGCUCACGGCCAACGAAAUGGGUGCGGAUGGCGCCGAAGACGUUGUGGACGAGCUCGGCACCCAACGCCGUCCGUCCGCGCUGUCUGUGGCGCUGCCAGGGGCGAAGGCCCCUCCACCCAGCGCGAGUUUAGCCGAUCGCGUGCGCAUGGGGGUGACGGCGCUGGAGAACCGCAUGGAGUCGCUCGGGAAAGCGCUGGAGAGGGUGAUCACGGGCGGCGACGGCGACGAGAGCGCGCAUGUGCCACGUGCCGCAGCCAUGGGAGCGGCUAGUUCGACGGCAGGUGAUGUAGCCGUCUCAGAGGAGUGUACUGAGCCUCCGGCGCAAGGCUUUGUCGUCAACAGCCACCAAGCGAAUGAUGAGGACGGCGAACAGGGCUAG